AUUAUCAAUAAGAAAAAUAAUUAAAUAAUGUAUCAAAUACUUGAUGGUAAUGGAAUCAGAGAAAAUGUAAUGAAUUUAGCUCAUUUUGAAUAGUUUCCAAUGAUUAUAGGAGUAAAGCAUAUGGUUUUGGGAUUCUUCCUGUUGCAUUUGCUAAUAGAAUUACUAUGUCAGAACUUAAUUUAAGAAUGUAAGAAGUUAUUUUAAUAGAUUAGCUUUUCAAUGUUGUUUCUUAUUUCAAUUUAGGAUUAUUUCUUGCUUUUACAUUAUUAUCUGUAUGGGGUAUGGGUAGUAGAAUGGAAAAUCAAUAAAUAAUUUUAUUUUGUCUUGAUAACAAUCCUGUAUCUUAUGUGGUUUAAGUUUGUUAUGCUUUUGGUUUAAUAUGUUCAUAUCCUCUUUAAGUUCUACCAGCAUUUUAAUAAAUAGAAAGAAUUGAAAAGUUAAAAAAUUAUAUUAAUCCUGAACUCAAAUACUCAAGUUAGAUCUUUUAUUAAUAUAAUACUUGGAUUGAUAGGCUAUUCUAUCCCUAAAUUUGCAUACAUUGUAAAUAUAUUGGGAGCUAUUGGUGGAGCUUCUUUGAAUUUUCUAUUUCCAAUAUUAAUACAUAAAAAAUAUUUUGAAAACGAUGAAACAAAAAGAAAAAGUAAGUUCACAUAUUAUAGUAUUCUUUCAUUUGGAAUUUGUGGAGGUUUAUGUUCAUUUAUCUAUACUAUAGUUAAAUUAACAAGUCAUUGA